AUUGUUUCCUCCCUACAAUGGCGUCCGAGAAUCUCAAUGAUAAGACCUCUGUCUUUAAGAAGCUGAAAUCGAAAUCGGAUAAUAAGAUUUGUUUCGAUUGCAAUGCGAAGAGCCCAACAUGGGCCUCCGUAACUUACGGGAUCUUUCUCUGCAUCGAUUGCUCAGCUGUUCAUCGGAGUCUUGGCGUCCACAUCAGCUUCGUCAGGUCUACCAAUUUAGACUCAUGGAGCCCUGAGCAGUUGAAGAUGAUGGUGUAUGGAGGAAACUGCAGGGCGCAUGUCUUCUUCAAGCAGCAUGGAUGGAGCGGAGGAGAUAAGACAGAGGCCAAGUAUACUUCGAGAGCUGCUGAGUUGUAUAAACAGACUCUUGCAAAAGAAGUUGCUAAAAGCAUGGCCGAGGCAUUGGAUUUGCCUCCAUCUCCUGAUUCUUCACAAGUCCCCAAUGUGCUCUCCAGCAUCAAAACCAGUGAAGCUCCUAAAGAGAGUAGUCAUAAUACUCUAAAGCAGCAAGAAAAGCCUGAAGCUGCCGUCUCACCGAGAGUUUCUCGGUCCGUUAAGAAACCUCUUGGCGCGAAGAAGACAGGUAAAACUGGUGGACUUGGCGCCCGAAAGCUAACUUCUAAGUCGAGCGGGACUCUCUAUGAUCAGAAGCCGGAGGAAGCUGUUGUUAUACCGGCGACUUCUCCAUCUAACGGUACACCGUCAGCUAAAUCAGCCAGGUCAUCGUUUUCCUCUCGUUUUGAUUAUGCGGACGGUGUUCAAAUGAGCAGCAGCCCUCAAGUGUUUGGUCAUGUAGCUCCACCAAAAUCAUCAGGCUUCUUCGAGGAGUACGAGGUGAACGGAGGCGGGUUUCAGAAGAAACCGAUCACAAGUUCCUCAAAAGUGCAAAUGAGCUCCCUUCUUUCUCCCUCUUAUUACUCAUCCUCUCUUGCAUUUGACCAGAUUCAAGAAACAGAUGAAGCCCGCAAGAAAUUCUCAAACGCGAAAUCAAUCUCCUCUUCUCAGUACUUUGGAAAUGAGAACAGCUCCGCGGACCUUGAGGCCAAAAGUACAUUAAAGAAGUUCUCCGGUUCAUCAGCAAUCUCUAGUGCUGAUCUGUUUGGAGACGAUGACGGAGAUUUUCCUCUGGAUCUCAGUGCCGGUGAUCUUAUCAACCGCCUCUCUCUCCAGGCCCAGCAAGACAUGUCGUCGUUAAAGAACAUGGCAGAGGAGACAAAGAAGAAGCUCAGCUCUGUUGCUUCAAACUUAUGGGUC